UCACUUAACGAAGGUAUUAACCAUUUGCACGUACAUACGUGCUCGCACCUUUUGCCUCCUUGCACAAGGACCGUCGAACAAAAGGAAAAUGACAUAAUUUGCAUUGGAAUUUCCCACAGUACUGUAAUAGAUCUUGGCGAUUAUCGAGAGGCUGUCGUUGGAAUAAGAAUACCGAUACCCAGUGCUAAUAUACGUGGGAAUUUUUCAUCAAUGAUAUCAGCAUAGGAAAAUGAGAUUUUGCCGUGUCGCAGCGUUUUUUUUUUUGUUUCUAUCCUGAUUUGCGAAUUGGUGCAGUGGAAGAGAGGUGGUGGGAGAACAAGACAAUCAUCACAAUCUGGAUGUUUGUUUAUUUUGAUUUAAAUUUAAGACCGUGAUCCAUAGCAGACACUCAACAGUCGAUACAGAGAUUUCAAACAGUAAAGAGCUCCGUCUCUCAAGCACUCUUGAACAACUUGUCUACUUUUUUGCUAACUCAGUGAUUUUUUCUCCGGUUUUUUUUUGAGAUCAAUCUAGUGAUACUUGACUCACGUACCAAUUUUUAUCAAGUUUGUGAAACAACGUUGAACAUCGUGUUCAUUUUUUUUUCUAACAAUUCGAACAUCAUUACAAUCAAAUCAAAAUGAUUGGACGUAUUGCGCUCCUUGUGUGCAUCGCUGCUGCCAUGUUCAUUGCAACUGAAAGCAAACCAUUGCAUAGUCAACAUAAAGCUCUUCAUAAAAAUGUUGCCCGCUCGGUACUUCAAUUAAAAUUAACUAAAACCGAUAUCAGCCGUGGCAUUUCGAUUCAAAUAAGCGCAAAACCAAUGGUUCGCAAGGACAUGGAAUUUGUUCAUCGUAUGCCAAAACCAGUGGAUCAACGGCGAGAUCGAAUUCACCGACGAAAACACCGAAAAUCUCAAUCGCAUAAGAAAGCAUUGGCCGUAGCCAAGAAGAAUGAAAAGGAAGCCGUAUUGAAAGUGGCAAUGAAAUCCAACGAAAAAACAGUGUUGAUGCGAAGCAAACGAAGUGUACAAGAGAAAGAGAUGGCCGACAAGAAAGACACACAAAUCGAAGAUCUUCACAAAUUCAAUGAUGAUAACAGUGCCGAAAGUGAUGACUAUAGCAGCGAAGAAGAGGAAGAAAAACCAAGUCGCCGAUCAAACUUACGCCGUGGAUCAUCAUCACACCGGAUGCAAGAGCAACAGAAACAAUUGAAAUUCAUCAACUCGGAAGACUACCGCGAUUAUGCAUUCGACACCACCGACAACGAAGUCAUCAACGAGGAUGAUGAUUUUUUGCAACAAUAUUAUGGCACAAAAAUGACCCGUGACGUUGACAAUACUCAUAACACUGCUAAUAGCAAUGAUUUCACUUCAUUCACGGAUAUUCUACAUUCUUCGGCCAACGAACGUGACGACCGAUUCACACGAAAAUUGCACUACGGUGAAAAUCAAGACAAUAUUCCAAACGAUAAAUAUGAUGGCGGUGACAAUGAAGAUGUUGACGACAACGAUGACAGUGACGGUAUUUACGAUGAAUACGAAAGUUACGAUGAUGAUGACUACUGAUUUGGAUGCGAUGUGUUUAAGAAAUAGAGCAGUCUAGUCUGACGAAUCGUGCCGCUCCUUGAUGAGCACACCCGUACACAGACACCAAAUUCGUUCGGUUGCUAAAAGCCGAGAUAUAUCCAACAACCAGAAAAUUUCUAUAUAAAUUAAAAAUUGAAGUGCAACAAAUAUCUCCCCCUCAUCGCAAUGAAAAGCAGUUAUAACGUGUAAAUAAAAUUGAGUUCGAUACUGAUAUAGCGAACCGAAACUAGUUUGUAAGGCUAACAAAUAAUAAUAGUUUAGUUUAAUGUUUUCAAUUGACUUACUCGUCUCUUUGUAUGAUUUAUUUAUUUCAAUGCAUUUGAAAACCAAAAUUCUUUUUAAAUUAAUAAAUUCGGAAAAUGAAAAAAAA